GCACCCAGCGAAGACCCAGGUGGUCCGCACCUCCUAGGUAGGAGGCCUGCGCGUCCAAGCGCGCGACAGGUGAGACUUCCGCGGAGGCGCGCCCGUCGCUGGGGAUGGCGUCGCCGUGGAGACGCUCGCUCGAGGGCGAACGCAAGCCGGCCUCCUACCCUUGCACGUUUUCCCCUCCCCUUCUCCCCGCAGCACCGCGGCCUCGGCGCUAGCAGCCACGUCAUAUAGACCCAGUUCCACCAGCCCCGACCGAGCUACAGAACUCCGGCUCGGUGGCCGCGGACCCCGACCGGGGCGCGGAGCAACCCCGCGGGUCCGGCCCGCGUGCGCGUGCGCACGUGCGCGCGCGGCCGGAGCUCCCGCCUCCCUCCGGAGGACGUAGGGGCGUGCGUGCGCGCGCCCACACUCUCCCGCCCCGCGACGCGAGGGCGGGGGCGCCGGGUGCGCGCGCGCUCCCGUGCGUUCGCUUGCUCGCUCGCUCGCUACUUCGCUCGCUCUCGGCGGCCGCUCUCGCUGUGGCUGCGGCUGAGGCUGGGGGCGGCGGCGGCGGCGCGAGCGGCGGGCGGCGCGGGGCGGUCCGGCGGGUUCAAAGAGGAAAACAUGGCGGAAAACAAAGGCGGCGGUGAGGCUGAGAGCGGCGGCGGGGGCAGCGGUAGCGCGCCGGUAACCGCCGGGGCCGCCGGGCCCACGGCGCAGGAGGCGGAGCCGCCUCUCGCCGCGGUGCUGGUGGAGGAGGAGGAGGAGGAAGGCGGCAGGGCUGGCGCGGAGGGCGGUGCGGCUGGGCCCGACGACGGGGGGGUGGCCGCGGCCUCCUCGAGCUCGGCCCCGGCCGCCUCCGUCCCCGCGGCCUCUGUGGGCUCCGCGGUCCCCGGGGGCGCAGCAUCGACGCCGGCUCCAGCUGCUGCCCCGGCCCCAGCCACGGCCCCGGCCCCGGCCCCGGCUCCGGCUCCGGCUCCGGGUUCCUCGUCAGGGCCACCUCUCGGACCACCAGCCUCGCUUCUGGACACCUGCGCGGUGUGUCAGCAGAGCUUGCAGAGCCGGCGUGAGGCGGAGCCCAAGCUGCUCCCCUGCCUGCACUCCUUCUGCCUGCGCUGUCUGCCGGAGCCGGAGCGCCAGCUCAGCGUGCCCAUCCCUGGGGGCAGCAACGGUGACGUCCAGCAAGUUGGUGUAAUACGGUGUCCAGUAUGUCGUCAAGAAUGCAGACAGAUAGAUCUUGUGGAUAAUUAUUUUGUGAAAGAUACAUCUGAAGCUCCUAGCAGUUCUGAUGAGAAAUCAGAACAGGUAUGUACUAGUUGUGAAGACAAUGCAAGUGCAGUUGGUUUUUGUGUAGAAUGUGGAGAGUGGCUAUGUAAGACAUGCAUUGAAGCACAUCAAAGAGUAAAAUUCACUAAAGACCAUCUGAUCAGGAAAAAAGAAGAUGUCUCAGAGUCUGUUGGAACAUCUGGUCAGCGCCCAGUGUUUUGUCCUGUACAUAAACAAGAGCAGUUGAAACUAUUCUGUGAAACGUGUGAUAGACUGACGUGUAGAGACUGUCAGCUAUUGGAGCACAAAGAACAUAGGUAUCAGUUUUUAGAAGAAGCUUUUCAAAAUCAAAAAGGUGCAAUUGAAAAUCUGUUGGCUAAGCUUCUUGAAAAGAAGAAUUACGUUCAUUUUGCAGCUACACAAGUGCAGAAUAGGAUUAAAGAAGUAAAUGAGACUAACAAACGAGUAGAACAGGAAAUUAAAGUGGCCAUCUUCACCCUUAUCAAUGAAAUUAAUAAGAAAGGAAAAUCUCUCUUACAACAGCUAGAGAAUGUUACAAAAGAAAGACAGAUGAAGCUCCUACAGCAGCAGAGUGAUAUCACAGGCCUCUCCCGGCAGGUGAAGCAUGUGAUGAACUUUACAAACUGGGCCAUCGCAAGUGGCAGCAGCACGGCACUACUUUAUAGCAAGCGCCUGAUUACUUUUCAGUUACGUCAUAUUUUGAAAGCACGAUGUGAUCCUGUUCCUGCUGCCAAUGGAGCAAUUCGUUUCCAUUGUGAUCCCACCUUCUGGGCCAAAAAUGUAGUGAAUUUAGGUAAUCUAGUAAUAGAGAGUAAGCCAGCUCCUGGCUAUACUCCUAAUGUUGUAGUUGGGCAAGUUCCUCCAGGGACAAACCACAUUAGUAAAACCCCUGGACAGAUUAAUUUAGCACAGCUUCGACUCCAGCACAUGCAGCAACAAGUGUAUGCACAGAAACAUCAGCAGUUACAACAGAUGAGACUGCAGCAACCACCAGCUCCUGUACCAACAACAACAACAACAACCCAGCAGCAUCCUAGACAAGCAGCCCCACAGAUGUUACAACAACAGCCUCCAAGAUUGAUCAGUGUGCAAACAAUGCAAAGAGGCAACAUGAACUGUGGAGCAUUUCAAGCCCAUCAAAUGAGACUGGCUCAGAAUGCUGCCAGAAUACCAGGGAUCCCCAGGCACAGUGGCCCUCAGUAUUCCAUGAUGCAGCCACACCUCCAAAGACAACAUUCAAACCCAGGACAUGCUGGACCGUUCCCUGUUGUAUCAGCACACAACCCUAUUAACCCAACAAGCCCUACCACAGCAACUAUGGCAAAUGCAAAUCGAGGCCCCACCAGCCCGUCUGUUACAGCAAUAGAAUUAAUACCCUCAGUCACCAAUCCAGAAAACCUUCCAUCGUUGCCAGAUAUUCCACCUAUACAGUUGGAAGAUGCUGGCUCAAGUAGUUUAGAUAAUCUACUGAGUAGAUAUAUCUCAGGCAGUCAUCUACCCCCUCAGCCUACAAGUACCAUGAAUCCUUCCCCAGGACCCUCUGCGUUAUCACCUGGAUCUUCAGGCUUAUCCAAUUCUCACACACCUGUGAGACCCCCUAGUACAUCUAGUACUGGCAGUCGAGGCAGCUGUGGAUCAUCAGGAAGAACUGCUGAGAAAAGUACUCAUAGUUUCAAGUCUGAUCAGGUGAAGGUCAAGCAAGAACCUGGGACUGAAGAAGAGAUAUGCAGUUUUUCAGGAGCUGUGAAACAGGAGAAGACAGAGGAUGGCAGGAGGAGUGCCUGUAUGUUGAGCAGUCCUGAGAGUAGUUUGACACCGCCUCUUUCAACUAACCUCCACCUAGAGAGUGAGCUGGAUACAUUAACAAGCCUGGAGAACCAUGUGAAAACCGAACCUACAGAUAUCAGUGAAAGCUGCAAACAGUCAGGACUCAGUAACCUAGUUAAUGGAAAGUCUCCAAUUCGAAACCUCAUGCACAGGUCGGCAAGGAUUGGAGGAGAUGGCAAUAGCAAAGAUGAUGACCCAAAUGAAGACUGGUGUGCCGUUUGCCAGAAUGGAGGGGAUCUUUUGUGUUGUGAAAAAUGUCCGAAGGUCUUUCACCUUACUUGUCAUGUUCCAACACUUCUCAGCUUUCCAAGUGGAGACUGGAUAUGCACAUUUUGCAGAGAUAUUGGGAAGCCAGAAGUUGAAUAUGAUUGUGAUAAUAUGCAACAUAGUAAGAAGGGGAAAACUGCACAGGGUUUAAGCCCUGUGGACCAAAGGAAAUGUGAACGUCUUCUGCUUUACCUCUAUUGUCAUGAAUUAAGUAUUGAAUUCCAGGAGCCUGUUCCCGUUUCGAUACCAAACUACUAUAAAAUUAUUAAGAAACCAAUGGAUUUAUCAACGGUGAAGAAGAAGCUUCAGAAAAAACAUUCCCAGCAUUACCAAAUCCCAGAUGAUUUUGUGGCUGAUGUCCGUUUGAUCUUCAAGAACUGUGAAAGGUUUAAUGAAAUGAUGAAAGUUGUUCAAGUUUAUGCAGACACACAAGAGAUUAAUUUGAAGGCUGAUUCAGAAGUAGCUCAGGCAGGGAAAGCAGUUGCAUUGUACUUUGAAGAUAAACUCUCAGAGAUCUACUCAGACAGGACCUUCGCUCCUUUGCCAGAGUUUGAGCAGGAAGAGGAUGAUGGUGAAGUAACAGAAGACUCUGAUGAAGACUUUAUACAGCCUCGUAGAAAACGCCUAAAGUCAGACGAGAGACCAGUACAUAUAAAGUAAAAUGACAUGGACGUAAAUCAGUUGUUUUUAAGAAGAAGGAAACAAAACAAAACACCCUUUUAUUUAAGUGUUACUGGAAUAUCCUGUGUACAGUGGUUUUACCUCCUUACAGAAGCUGGUAGCAUUCAUACAGUAUUAGAUUGAAAUAAUGGAAACAGAAAACAUUCUUGUCAAGAAAAGGGGAGAGAACUCUGUCUGCAACUUUAAGAACAAAAUUAGAAGUGAAAAAAGUUUGGGGAUUUACUACAAAUGAAAAUGGUUCUCUGGUUGUUAGAAAUGUAGAUGAUCAUGUUUUUUAAUUGGUGCAGGAUACUGAGUCAGGCAAGCAUACAAGGCUCAUGUUGCAAGAUGUGUCUCUGUUAGAGCACACAGAUACUCAGACAACUUAAAAGCCUUCCCCUCCACAGACACACAUGGGUUGUUUUCUGGUUAAAAAUGAGUAGAUCAGAUUCCACUUGAAUGUCACUAAAGAUGCAUUGAAUCAUGCCACUGUAUUUUCUCUCAUUUUGAUCUAUUGGGCCUUAGUUUUUAAAUUGGUUUAAAGAACUCAGCAGUAGUUUUAUUUUAUUCUUAGAUGUAGGGUCUAGUAACAUAACCAUUGAUCAUUUAGUCAACUUCAGUGGUGUACUAAAAUGGCGAUAACUUUUAGUAGUGGAUCGUACAGAUUUAUAGAAGUCAUUUCCAGAAAACCCUUCUCAACAGUUACCCUCGCUGGUCCGAUCAUCUGAUCACGCAGUUAGUUAUUUCCUGGAAAGACAGAACAUUUAUUUCAGAAUUUUCUGUUUAGGUAAAUUAGAUUGAAAAGAUGACAACUUUAACCCAGUCUUCUCCAUGCCAGUUUCCAGUAGACCACUAUUGGUAAACAGAAAUCUGUCAGCUACCAAAUGUGUACAAUUUUCUGUAUUUCACUUUGUCUUAUUUGUAAAUAGUGAGCUCAGACUUCUGGCAGAUCAGCAACAUUUGCUGAGCCUGUUUUUUAAGCUAAUGUGUAUUCUUACUAAUGUUCCUAUCAAGAAUGGAUUUGUAAUAUAUACUGUCUAUUUCUAAUGUUCACAUUCAUAUUUUGAGGUUCUAUCUUAUUUUAAUAGAGAACAGACGUCUCAAAAAAUCUUCAGAAGCAGCUUAUUAUUGAAAUAUCAAAAUAUUGAAAUAAACCCGGUGGGGUUAGAUUACUCAUCUGUCCACCAAGUGGGACACGUGCAUGGACUGGGGGCUUUAAAUGAUGUAGAAGAGACCUUUAAGUAAAUCCUGAAAACGAGCCAAUCCCCACUUGAAUGGUAAUUGGAAAAAACUCAACCUUCCUUACUACCUGAUGACAGGAGCAGAACCUGAAGCAGAUAGAUCUACUCGCUCUGGUUUUAUUUUUCUCCUCUUCAUUGUGAUGCUCAGAUCAAUUGUGCUCUAGACUGUGUGCACCUCUCCAGUGGAUUAAGAGUUGUGGUCCUACUUCUUCUGUAUGGACACAGUAGAAUAUAAAGUGACCAAAGUAGAAUUCAGCAUCAGAAACAUUUCAGGUGUCAGCAUAUGUGUGGCAAAUCAUUUGCCUCUCAAAAAAUUCAAAGCAGUUCAAACUGUAGACCUCCUCAGAAACUAUUUGACAUAAUUGUCAAAGAAGUGAAUAUUUUUAGUGUGCAUUGAAUCAAAUAAAGUGCUCUAAAGAAAUUAUUAUACAGAUUCCUUUGGAUUGUUUUUUUUUCAUAAGGGAUGUGGGUAAAGAGGAGUAUGAUUAGGCCUUCUCAUACUGCACUUAAAAGAAGUUUAUCAUAUCAUUGCCUCAUCUCCUGGUUUCCAUUUAGCUUCUCUCUUCCCUUAUAAAUUAAGCUUUGUUUUUUUUUUUUUUUUAAUGUUCUCAACCAUUUAUCAUUUUUAUUGAAGUUUCAAGUUUGUUUUUUAUGAGGGGAAAAAAUUUUAUUUUUAAAAUGUUUUAUUUAUACCCAUUUCUUUUCUUUGAUAUCCAUGAUUUGAAUUCGUAAGUAAAUGAAUAUCUAAGGGUACAUUUUUGGCAAGUGGGGGGAGCAGGGGUUUGACUUCAUUUUCUGAAGCCUCUGAGUUCCAGUGUUUUAUAUUUGCUUCUCAUGAAUCCUUUUCAAAAUUCUUAGCAAUAAAUUACAAAUAAUCUCUAUUAAGUGGGGCAAACACAGAUUUUUAAGCAAAUAUUUCUCAAUAUUUGAAGCCCUAAGAGAGAAUGUGUUCCAUAAAGGCAUCCCCUUUGUUUAAGACCAUCACUUUAGAAGCUUCUCCGUGACCAUUGUUUAGUAGGCUCUGUUUUUGUUAGCAGAGGUACCUACUGCUGAGGAAUCAAUGGCUCUCAAAAAGGCACUCUUAAAUGAUAGUCACUUUAAUGUCUAUAAAGCCCUUUUUUGCACACUGAUCAUUGUGUUUUCUAGGCUCUUCAGCUUUAACAUAAGUAUGACUAAAAAAUACAAACUUUAAUUCUCAUUCAAAUUAUCUCAUUUCCCUGUUUAUAUUUUAAAAAUAAUACAAAUACAUAAUAUCUGUUAAUUCCCAGGUAUGGGCAUGAUAUCCCCAUGUUAUAUUCUUUGUAAGAACCUGUACCUUAGAUUUGGAAAAAAGUCCACAUAAUGAUGAUCCCUUAAAAUCCUUCAAAGUUCUUGAUGAACUUAGGGUCAUUUUUCCCAUCCGAAAACUAAAUGUUCCUCAGCCUGCUCUGCUGGCCUUAAGUUACGUAUCAAUUUAUGUAUCUCUGCACUGGACUCUGCAGCUUGCCUGACUGAGCAAACUGCUGUCAAGGGCACAGUGAUAGGGUCAGCUUAGGUUAUGGUUAGACCUUGUUCUGUAUGCAAACAUCAAACUAUUACCACAGAGCUUUGAUAAAGCAGUAGAUCCCCUUUGGAAUCAAAGGGUUUUUUCCCCCCUCUUCUAUUUCUUAUGAAGGGUUUUAGGUCAUUAAAAAGUCCGUUCUCAUUCUUUUAACAAGUUUGAGGUUUUUUUUUUUUUUUAGUUAAUCCAAAGACAUAAUGCUUUAAAGUGUGCAAAUUAUAGUUUUAUCGAUUACCUCAGCAGGUAUCCUGCCAUGUAAUUAUUUGUGAGUUAAUGUUAGUAAGCUUACAGAUUCAGGUCUUCCAACUAUGCCCUUAGGUUGUGGCUUACCACUUGUUAUUGAACAGUUUUUUCUAAAAUGUGGAUGGGGAAUAGAUGCUGUAGUCCCCUCUCCCUUAGCCUUUCCAUCUGGUACCCAGCCUCAUUCACAUACAGCACAGAAAAUACAAAAAUUCCAUUUCUUGUAGCCAGCAUUGGAUUGGAUCAGUAAGUAGUUUUGUUAAUUAAAAUAAUUAAGAAAACAAGACUACCCACCUAACUCCCUGAGUUGAAACAAGCUUCUUUGAGCUGGGGAGAUGACAUGGGUAAAAAGCACGUGUUCCACAAGCAUGAGGACCCGGCUUUGAAUCCCCAGCACCUACAUACAGGUGGGUACAGUAGUGUGUAUCUGUAAGCCCAGUGCUCCUACAGAAAGGUAGGCAAAGGUAGUCUCCAGAAGCCCUUUGGCCAGCUAGCCUGGCGUAUUCAGUACUGAAUCCCUGAGGUUGUCCUCUGACCUGCACCCUAGCACAUGUGCCCUCACACACAACAUGCAAACUUACAGACCUCUGCACAUGCAUCCUGGUAUACAUGCCAUCGCACAACUUGUGAGUGUAUACACCACGCAUGUGCCCUCAAAACAUGCAACUGAAUACACCAUUUUUGCCUCUACUAAAUUAUCUGCUGAAGGUGUUUUAAGAGUUUUAAAGUGUAUUGAAGUUGGAUCAUAAACCCAACCUAGCUUGUUUCUCUCAGUUAAAACUUCCUUGAUAAAGCAAUAACGCUGCUUUGAGUCUGUUGCCUAAUAAAUAGCAUGUCAUAAUCCUCCUGGAUGGUGAUUUUAUAGGAAAGUUUGUAUGCAUAUCACCCAAUCUAUCUUUUAAAAAAAAUUAAGAAAUUUAAAUGUAUGCUGGAAGUAAUGACAAUAUAUUGUGGCAUUUUAUUUUAAAAAAAUUGGGGAAAGUUGCAUAUUUUUUUAAAAGUAGCUGUUUGAGUAAAAAAAAAAACUGAAGGUACUUUUUUAAGGAAAAAAAUUUAUAUGCCACAGUUUACAUAGACAUUUCCAAUUUCAGCAUUUACUCUUGGAUAUAAUGACUUCUUUACUUGGCUAAAUGCAUGUUUUCCAUGGUCAGAAGUGCAUCUCUCUGAUCUUAGUUACUUAUGUUUCCUUACAUUAUCCUUUUUAUAUUUUUAUUGUAUCUAGAAACAAAAUUAUCUUUAAAAAAUAAGCUGGGCAUAUUUGUCAAACUACAGAAUGUAUAGAGUCAAGGUUAUCUCUUUUCUAGCUAGUGUUACUUAAAACUGAAAAUGAUACUGUGUUGCAUUCAAGAGAUUCCUAUGAAGGCACCAAAAUGAUUUUUAAAUGUCACAAUAUUCCAUUUGUGGCCUAAAUUUCAUUGUUGAGAAUGCCUGCUCCUGCUCUGAAAAAUGUAGGCAUUUACUGUGUUUUAACGCAGUGAGACAUGGAUGUACGCCUAUAAUGGAAAGUGUGCGCAGUUGUAGAAAGCCUGUUGAUUUUCUACGCGGACAAAUCUACACACAAAGGGUUAAACUCACAGCCUUACGAGUUCCUUGCUUCUAGGAUUUCAACUGGUCUCCUUUCAUUACUACUAUUUUUGCACAUAGUUAAACUACUCUUCAGAAUGGUUUUUUAAAGUGCUGUUUCUGUGGUAUUGUAUUCUCUAAAUGAUCAUAUUUAAUUUUUUAAACAAGGUUACAGUUUCUAAUUGUUCUGUUCCUGUGUUUUUUGCUGCGUGUAAUAAAAGCAAGUUUUUCUUUUUAUGGUUAUUUAAUACAUUAGCUGCCUGUAAAUAAUUGUUACAAUGCUCUCUGGAAUGUGUUGUAGAAGCUGUACUAGAUUAGUUUGAAGCCUUGUUUAAAAACUACAUUGUUUUGGCUAUUUCUAUUAAAUUUAGAAAA